AGCAGCUCGAGUCGAAAUCUCGCGACGCUACAUAGGAGUCUCGUGGUGAGCUGGGUUCCAGUUCUGUCAAAAGAUUCUGGCGGCCUCCUCGAUGGUGGCGGGAGAGCGAGAGAAGUGGCUCCGCGCUAGAGUGUGAUGGCCCAUUACUACAAGAAGAUACUAGUAACAUUGUUUACUUUUCAAGGACUUCUUAUAACAAGUGCUUUUAAUGAGGAUGGGGAUAUACCUGAAGAAUGGAUUCUCCUGCAUGUAGUUCAAGGUCAGAUUGGUGCUGGAAAUUACAGCUACUUGAGACUAAAUCAUGAAGGGAAAAUAGUGCUUCAGAUGCAGAGUUUAAAAGGUGAUGCAGACUUGUAUGUAUCUGAUGUAACUCUUCAUCCCAGUUUUGAUGAUUAUGAAUUACAGUCUGCAACUUGUGGUCAAGAUGUGGUUUAUGUGCCAGCACACUUUCGUCGCCCAGUGGGAAUAGGAAUUUAUGGUCAUCCCUCUUAUAUGGAAAGUGAAUUUGAAAUGAAAGUGUACUAUGAUCAGACAGUUGUAGAAUCUCCAUUUGGUGGUGGCUCAUACAAUCCAGAAGAAAUGAAAAUGAACCAGAAGAAGUUUCAUUCAACAGAAGAUGAGUAUCAAGAUGAGGAAUCUGUCUUCUGGACUAUAUUGAUAGGAAUACUAAAAUUAAUACUUGAAAUUCUCUUUUAGAUUUAUAGCUUUGGGUGUGAGCAAUCUGUACAACUGAUUGAAUGCUGUUCUAAGCUGUGGAUUGGAAAAUAAAGCCAUAAUUAUUUUUAUAAUGUAAACUUUUCCCAGUGCUAUAUUGUAGCAGGCACAGUAUUUGUAUGGUUUUCUCUUAACUGAUCAGGGUUAACGGAUGCUACAAUUCACUGUGAUUUUUCAAUAAAACUUCAAAAUUGUAGAAAUAUGAAUUCAUGCUCAGUAUUUCAACACAUUUGUUAAUAUAUUCACAAAUAAUGUUAAUAUAGACUAUCUUCUUUGGCCAAAAUAGAAAUACUUACAUGAGAAAGAUUUGAAGAAUGAAUUCUGGAAAAGAGUUCAUCUGCUUUUCCAACCACCAUUAACCACCUAUUAUUUGAAGCAACCCGAAUACAGAAUUACCUAUAGAUAAGCAUGAAGAUUUCAAACAUGAAAUGUUGACAUUAGAACAUUUAGCCCACUCUAAUUUCAAAUCAUUUUCCACAGUGCAAGCCCAUCUAUACUUAAAAAUCAUGUAAUUAUCACCUACUAGGAAGUACCACCAUACUGGCAUUUUCAGGAAACAAGACCUGAGCUUCCUUGUUCCAGAAUUCCUCCAACUUCUGUGAGAUGUUUUCCCAUGUGAUCUGGAAAAGACCUUGAGAUCACUGGAAAGGCAGAAGCUGAAAUGUUUUGAAAAUGAAUACAGUAUGUUCUGAAUAAACGCUUUGAAGAGGAAAAAUACUAGGAAAAAACUCUAAUAUUGCAUCAUCAGGAAAGGCCAUAAGAGAAAAAAAGGACUGUAAGUUGAAAGUUUUGCCAUGUCUACAUUAAUUUCAAGAAGCUGUUUAGCAAUCACGUACUGCAUUAUACUAGAAAACAAGUCCCUUAUCACCAUAUGGAACACUACCAUGUUUCCAAAUCUGAGUUGCUCUCAAGAUUUUAGCAUGCAUUUCUUACUCAUUUUCUGGCCUUAGCAUACAGAAGAAAUGAAAGAGUAUCAAUAAGAAAUUAGUAGAAUGAUAGCUUCUGUGUUUUUAUUCUAAAGUGUGUGACAGCUAUAUAGACAGCUGGAAUGGCCAGAGAUUCCUUGUAGAUGGAAAGAAAUGAGAAUUAUUCAAGAAUCCACUUGACUAAAUUAAGCUUGGUUCCUACAACACACUUUAAUUUCACAUAAUAGCAUCAUAUUCAAACAAAUAAGAUGCUAAUUGAUUAUGCAAGAAACUUGUAUACUUAGUGAAGUGUUUUAUUUUGUGAUUUAGAGAAACUGUUACUCUACUAAUACUCUUGAAUUUAAUAAUAAAUCAAUAUUUUCCUUUGAAUAGGAUGGAGGACAAAAGUAAUUACUCUGCGGUUUUCUAUAAAAAUGAUUAUUAUGCAGAACAGAAUCUAUAAGACAAAUUAUAAAAGUACAGAAUACAGAUAUGUUCACCUCUGUCUUUAAUGCAACAAAAGAUACUGAAUAACCUUCCUCACCAUGUUAAAAUUAAAAAGUUUUUAUUUAAU